UACCGCCGCCGCUGUAGUUUCUCAUUCUCGCGAUCCUCUCUAGUGUCGCUCGUGUCGCAGUGCCAAGACAGCGCGGGAAAUUUCUCGCGGGGGUACUGGACCAGACUGACCAAGCUGACCGGUCGGGACUUCCCCUUCUAACGCCAGUGCAACUUUUGAUCACAAAUGGAGGUGAACGAAUUCAAGGACAUGGCCAAGGAGAUGGUGGACUACAUCGGCAACUACCUGGAGAAUAUACGUGAUCGGCAGGUGCUGCCGACGGUGCAGCCGGGCUACCUGCGGCCGCUCAUCCCCGCCGAGGCCCCCGAGACGCCGGACGACUGGAAGGACGUGAUGGGCGACAUCGAGCGCGUCAUCAUGCCCGGUGUGACGCACUGGCACUCGCCUCGCUUCCACGCCUACUUCCCGACGGCCAACUCGUACCCCGCCAUCGUGGCCGACAUGUUGAGCGGCGCCAUCGCGUGCAUCGGCUUCACCUGGAUUGCCAGCCCCGCGUGCACCGAGCUGGAGGUGGUGAUGCUGGACUGGCUCGGCAAGAUGCUGGACCUGCCGUCCGAGUUCCUGGCGUGCAGCGGCGGCAAGGGCGGCGGCGUGAUCCAGGGCACGGCCAGCGAGGCCACCCUGGUGGCUCUGCUGGGCGCCAAGGCGCGCGCCCUGCGCAAGGCCAAGCAGGAGAUGCCCAACCUCACCGAGGCCGAGAUCGUCGCCAAGCUCGUCGGAUACGCGUCUGACCAGGCGCACUCCUCCGUGGAGCGCGCGGGGCUGCUGGGCGGCGUGCGCCUGCGCCUGCUGCCGGCCGACGAGGACACCUACGCGCUGCGCGGAGACACGCUGCGCCAGGCCAUCCAGAAGGACCGCGCCGACGGCCUCAUCCCCUUCUACGUCGUGGCCACCCUGGGCACGACGUGCACGUGCGCCUUCGACAACCUGGAGGAGAUGGGCCUCGUGUCGGAGCAGGAGCGCGUCUGGUUGCACGUGGACGCCGCCUACGCCGGCUCCGCCUUCAUCUGCCCCGAGUUCCGGCCGCUCAUGGCCGGGCUGCACCGCGCCGACUCGUUCAACUUCAACCCCCACAAGUGGAUGCUCGUCAACUUCGACUGCUCGGCCAUGUGGUGAGAACUAAAUGAGACGCUAUACGCUAGGGU